AGGGUCUGGUUAUAAAGUAAACAUGACUCAAAUUAAAGAUUUGAAGAUUUCCCAGCUCUACCAACCUAUAAACGACAAUUUCUUCAUAAUCCAUGGCUGGCGAAAUUCCUACCUAUCCAAAGUAAACACACUGCUCACGGAGGCUCUUCUGAAAGCGAGCGACAUGAACGUUUUUGUUCUAGAUUGGUCUAUUAGAGCAAACGGAUCGUAUGUCAAAGCAUUUCGGAGUGUUGAAGUCGUAGGUUCUCAUCUGGCAAGCUUUAUUAGUGCACUGCUUCGAGAAUUUCAAUUAGAUAAACGUUCAGCUGUACUCGUGGGUUACAGUCUUGGGGCUCAUAUUGCGGGAUGCACAGGUGCUGCCGUCAAUGGUACGUUGAGGAAUAUAGUAGGGCUUGAUCCGGCAGGCCCACUGUUCACUCUGACGAAUACCAAAAACCGUCUAGAUAAAGGGGAUGCCGAAUUCGUGCAGGUUAUACACACAGCCGGUGGGAUGGCUGGAUUUUUAAGUUCAAUUGGCCACGCUGACUACUUCCCAAAUGAUGGGACACUUCCUCAACCCGGAUGUGGAGCUGAUCCGUUGGGUAGUUGUGCUCAUGGUCGAGCGUUUGUGUACUAUUCAGAGUCUGUUACUCGGAAUGGAUUUGCAGCUCUUCAAUGCAGCAGCUAUAAGAUGUAUCGAAAUGGAAUGUGCGCCCACCAGCAUUUAUCUUACCUUGGUGGACUACACAUCGAUACAAGCGCAAAUGGAGAUUACUAUUUGGAUACUAACAUGAAUGCACCUUACGGAAGUUAAACCUACUAGUGCGAAAUGCCAAUUUGAACCGAGACCUGCACC